AUAUAUACAUAACAUUUUAUUUUAAUGUCCAACCCUACCCAUUAACCUUACCCGUUACCCGAUCCGAAAUAACCCUUCUCUUAAUAGGGUUUCUGCAUAUGUCAAGGAAUGCCAAUCGAAGGAGGGUUCUGCUAAAAUUUACAACAUAUUUUUUACUCUUCUGGUCAAGGGUUUGUUGGAUGUUGUUAUCCCAGUACUUCCUGAGGCUAACCGCAGGUAUUGUGUGAGACAUAUUGAGGCCAAUUGGUGCAAAAAAUGGAGAAAUGAUGAAAUGAGAAAGUUGUUAUGGUGGGGUGUGCAUGGAGUUCAUAUGAUGAGGAGUUUAAAGACCAAUUGAAAAAAUUAGGUGAUCUGUCAGAAGAUGUUGCAAAGGAUAUCUUAAAGUAUCCCCCAAGGGCAUGGAGCAGGGCUUAUCUUGACACUAAAUGUAAGAAUAUGAUAGUUGAUAACAACUUCACUGAAUUUUUUAAUGCCUGGAUUCUUGAGGCUAGAGGAAAACCAAUUAUCAAAAUGUUGGAGGACAUAAGAGUGAAAGUGAUGGUGUUGUUAGGAGACAAUGAGGUAAGGUGAGUAGUUGGAAUGCAGAAUAUAGUCCAGCUUGCUUGAAGUUGUAUAGUGAUUGGAGGGCCAUAACACAUGUCUGUAAAGUCAUAUUCAAUGGAGAUUGGGGAUAUGAAGUGUCUGAAGGAAUUGAUAGACACACUGUUAAUCUACAACAGAGAAGGUGUACAUGUAGGUUAUGGGAUUUAUCUGGCAUUCCUUGUCCUCAUGCAAUAAAGGUAAUGAUGCAUAAGAGAGUAGAGCCUGAUGGUGAAAUCCAUUGGUGGUAUAGUAAAGAAGCAUACUUGCUAACAUAUAAGGAAAAACUUCAGCUUGUUAAGGGUCGGCAGUUCUGGAAAGUUGAACCUUCACAAGCCAUGUUACCUCCUGAUACUGUGAAGCAAGUUGGUAGACCCAAAGUGAAAAGAAAUAGGGAACUAGAUGAGGCAAGAAAAAGGAUAGGGCAGUGGAGUCAAUCAAGGAAGGGGACACAGAUGACAUGUAGUAAUUGUGGCGAGCCAAACCACAAUGCAAGGGGUUGUUACAAGCCUAAGGCUGCUGGAAACAAUUCUCAAUCUAGUACAAGAACUGGUGCAAGCGGCAGUCAAACUCAAAAAUCUAGUGCAAUGGAUAGUGACCAAGAGUCACAAAUUGAUGUUGCACCAGUUGUUGUCACCCAAGAGUUUACACCAUAUGGUCCAGAAGUUGACAAUGAGAAGAUCCUCCACUUAGGCCAAUGAUUAUUUCAGAAACACAGUCAAGAAUUGAGAGGGGCAAUCUAAGAGGACCUACAAACUAGGGCAAGAAAAAUUAAGUUUGCUGGAGAUCACACUGGGGCUUCGACACCUGCCAAUCUUCCUUAUUCUCCAACUAAGCUGACAUAGAAGGAAAAAGCAUCAAUCUCAUUAAGCCAAGUCUCAUUUGAGGCAAGAAAGAGAAAUAUCAAGAUGAUGGCAACAAAGGGCAAACGAAGUUGCACUUGAUGAUGAAGAUCUUCUUUGAAGACAAUUACUAUGUUUUUUGUUGUGAUUGGUUAUUAAACAGUUAUGUUUAGUUAGUUAACAAACAGUAGUUAACCAUUUUUUGGGGUUGGUUAAGUUUCUGAUGGUUAAGCAUGGUAUUGAUGAAACCUUUUUGGCUAUGUACAAAGCUGUGGAGGCCUAUGUGCCCUGUUCUGUUUUCUGCAAAUCUGUCUACUUAUGUUUGAGAUC